AUGCCAGACAUCGGUCUGGACAAGACGCGAGUGCGGUAUACCAAUACCGGCGCGCUAUUAAUAGAGGUAGGCGGCCCGGAAAAUAAAACGAAGGCCGACGCGUUGGCUGGACAUCUCCGUGAGAUGCUGCGGGACGGCGCCAGCGUCCGUCGCCCCGUCAAGAUGGCCGAACUCCGAUUCGUUGGGUUGGACGAAUCGGUGACGUCAGGGGAGGUCGCGAAUGUUAUUGCGCAGAUCGGCGAGUGUCCGGUAGAUGAAGUUCGCGUGGGUGUCAUCAAGCCACUGCGCAACGGUCUCGGAAUCGUGUGGGCGCAGUGCCCGUUGGCGGCUGCGAUUAAGGUGUCCAACCAGGGCAAGGUGCGCCUUGGUUGGAUGCUCGUGCGCGCAGAACUAAUGAGGGCAAAGCCGUUACGCUGCUUUCAUUGUCUGGAGGUCGGCCACGUUGCGCGGGGCUGCACACGGCCCGAUCGCACGGCCGUGUGCUUUAGGUGUAGUCAGCCGGGUCAUAGAGCCACGGAUUGCAAAGCUGCAACACCGAGUUGCAUCCUUUGCCGCGAAGCCGGAUUGCCCGCGGAGCAUCGCGUCGGUAGCGCGCAGUGUCAGCCAGUCGUGGCCGACGCGCGAGGGGGGGUCGGAGAGCUGCCCGCCUGCCGGUUCCCGUCCAGCCCGCUAAAUGGACAUUCUGCAGUUUAA